AUGUGGGGGGAGCUGUACGCGGGCGCGUGUGCCGACUCCGGCGUGGCGCCGCGAAAGGAACUCCUCGCGCUGGAGGGCGGCGCGGUGCAUUUGUGCGGCAACACGUUUGACCGCUUCAGCCAACGCGUCACGGACGACGAGGUGGUGGCGCUCGCGGCGACGUGCGCACGACUGCCGCUCGUGUCGGAGCUGCACCUCGGCCACAACAAGUUGACCUCGCGCGGGGCCGCGGCGCUUGCGGACGCCAUGCGGAGCGGCUUCCGCAGCCUGCAGUUCCUGGACCUGUCGCACAACGCCAUCGGCGCGGAGGGGGCCAGCGCCAUCGCCGCCGCCGCCGCCACGCACGCGACGCUCGGUACGCUGCUGCUGCGCGGCAACCCCAUCGGCGGCGGCGGCGGCCCGCCCAUGGAGGGGCUGCUGCGGGGCGGCGGCGGCCUCGCGACGCUGGACCUGGAGAACACGGAGCAGGAGAUGAGGUCGCUGGUGCACGUCGCGCGGGGGUUGGCGGGGAACUCGACGCUGACGGCCCUCAACUUGGGGCGGCCGCUCAUGAGCAACCCGGACGACGUCGCGUACGCGGUGCGCCACCUCGCGCUCGCGCUGGCGGGGAACAAGACGCUGCAAAGUUUGGGCCUGGGCCACUUCAACCUCACCGACGAGGACCUCAGCCUGCUCCUCUUGCCCCUCGGCAACUCGGCGGUCGGCCGCCUCUCGCUGAGGGGCAACAAACUCUCCCAGGACUCGGGCGCGACGCUGGCGAAGCUGCUGACGCUGCGGCCGGACUUCCUCUCCUUGGACGUGACCGCCAACCGGCUGCGAGACGUGGGCGCCGCGGCAAUUGCGGCGGCCGUCGCGCAGCACCCCGGCCUGCGUGCGCUCCACAUCGGCAGCAACACUAUUGGCGGGCGCGGCAUCUCCGCCAUUGCGAAGGCCGUGGAGACGAACACCUCCCUCGCGUCGCUGCGUCUCUGGGGAAACGACUUCUCCGACGCGUCGGUGGCCGAGCUGUACGCUCUCCGCGCGAAGAUCGAGUGUCUACCGGAGAAGGACUUUGGCUUUUAUGUCGUGGAUGGCUGCCCGAUGCUGGCGCGUGAAUGA